CUUUCCAAAAGCUCAAAAAAAAAAAAAAACAUUUGAGUUUUGUUUGUGUGCGUAGUCGCCUCGCUCACUCUCUCAAAGUCCCUCCUAUAACAAGGUCGGUCCUUUUCUUUUUCAAUCAAUCGCUCUUCUAUCUUUUCGAUCUGCUGUAUAGCGGCAGUAGAAGAUGGCAGACGCAGAGGAUAUUCAGCCACUCGUUUGCGACAAUGGAACUGGAAUGGUCAAGGCUGGAUUUGCUGGAGAUGAUGCUCCAAGAGCUGUCUUUCCCAGUAUUGUUGGUCGUCCUCGUCACACUGGUGUGAUGGUUGGCAUGGGCCAGAAAGAUGCGUAUGUCGGUGAUGAGGCUCAGUCCAAGAGAGGUAUCUUAACUUUGAAAUACCCAAUUGAGCAUGGUAUUGUGAGCAACUGGGAUGAUAUGGAAAAGAUAUGGCAUCAUACCUUCUACAACGAGCUUCGUGUUGCCCCAGAAGAGCAUCCAGUGCUCCUAACCGAGGCUCCUCUGAACCCCAAGGCUAAUCGUGAGAAGAUGACACAGAUCAUGUUUGAGACCUUCAACACUCCUGCUAUGUAUGUUGCCAUUCAGGCUGUCCUGUCCUUGUAUGCCAGUGGUCGUACAACUGGUAUUGUGUUGGACUCUGGUGACGGUGUCAGCCAUACAGUCCCCAUAUAUGAGGGGUAUGCCCUUCCACAUGCCAUCCUUCGUCUUGACCUGGCUGGCCGUGACCUCACUGACUCCUUGAUGAAGAUCCUCACUGAGCGUGGUUAUUCUUUCACAACCACAGCUGAACGGGAAAUUGUGAGGGACAUGAAGGAAAAGCUAGCUUACAUUGCUCUUGACUACGAGCAGGAGCUAGAGACCUCCAAGACCAGCUCAGCAGUUGAAAAGAGCUAUGAAUUGCCUGAUGGGCAGGUCAUCACCAUUGGUGCUGAACGUUUCCGUUGCCCAGAGGUCCUCUUCCAACCAUCAAUGAUCGGAAUGGAAGCAGCAGGCAUCCACGAGACCACAUACAACUCCAUCAUGAAGUGUGAUGUUGAUAUCAGGAAAGACUUGUAUGGUAACAUUGUCCUCAGUGGUGGUUCAACUAUGUUCCCAGGAAUUGCUGACAGAAUGAGCAAGGAAAUCUCUGCACUAGCCCCAAGCAGCAUGAAAAUCAAGGUGGUUGCACCACCAGAAAGGAAAUACAGUGUCUGGAUUGGUGGUUCAAUCUUGGCAUCCCUUAGCACCUUCCAGCAGAUGUGGAUUGCAAAGGCAGAGUAUGACGAGUCAGGGCCAUCAAUUGUGCAUCGGAAGUGCUUCUAAAUGCUUCGAGGGUGGUAUUGUCGAAGAAAAAAGAAAAAAAAUGCUAUAUUUCUCGGAAAGAAGUGGUGCAGCUUGCACCCUUUCACUGUAGCUUUGCUAUCCAUCUAUGUUUAUUGUAAUGUUGGAGUGAUGGUUUUUGAGAAGGCGAGGAGUUGAUUGCCAGAGUUGGUCCAAUUCUUUCAUUAGUAAUAUCCCGAGAUGUUUUGAUUC